AAUGGUUUAUUUUUAUGCAUAAUCUUACUUGAAAAUAAAAAUACUUCUUUAACUACAUUACUUAUUAUCAACAAAUUAUUAAUAAUUUACUUUAAAAUAGUAUAAUGCAGCACUUUUCAAAUAUUCUGUUGUAUCUUUUAACAUUUAAUGUUUUAAUGCUAACGAGUAAUACAAAUUUUGUUUACUCUGCUGACACCACUAGUCAAAUUAGAAAGUAUGGGUAUUUAGCAGAAACUUAUCAAUUUUGGACUCCUGACAAGUAUUUACUAGGACUGGAAAGAAUACCAUUCAAUAAAAGAGAAAGUAGUAUCACUGGUCCACCUGUUUUAUUAAUCCAUGGACUUUUUGUUAGUUCUAUUGUUUUUGCAUUCGAAAAUACAUCGCUUAGUUUUGUUUUAUCGGAUGCGGGAUUUGAUGUAUGGUUAUUUAAUGCUAGAGGUCUUGGUUUAUCUAGAUCAUUAAACAUUUAUUCAAAGAAUGAAGUCAAACCAAAAAUGAAUAAAAUAUCUUGGGACUUCAGUUGGCACGAAAUGGGAAUUUCAGAUCUUACGACAGCUAUUGAUUUCGUUUUGAAUAAAACUGGUUACACAAAAUUAAACAUUGUUGGAUAUUCAUUAGGGACAACCAUAUCCUUAGUUUGUUUAUCGGAUAGGCCAGAUUACAAUAAUAAAGUUAAUAAUCUUGUAUUAAUGGCUCCAACAUCACGACUAAAAUCAGUUGGCCCACCUCUUAUUUUAAUAAAGAGAUACACUUCACUAAUUAUGACUUUUUUAAAUCAAUUUGAUUAUUUUCCUUAUACAAUGGAUCCAGACUUAACAUACAAAUUGAUUGGAACUAUGUGUCGUAAGAGAAUUAUGCAUGACGCUUGCAAAUGGUUUUUUGACUUUGCUCAUGGUAUAAGCAUUCCGAUGAGUAAUGAUAAAGUGGCAAAUAUAUUAUCAUUAUUUCCACAACCUGUAUCUACCAAAACAUUAAAACAUUACAUUCAACUAAUUUUGUCAGGUAGAUUUUCUCAUUAUGAUUAUGGAAAAUUAGAAAAUAUAAAACGUUAUGGCACAGAAUUUGCACCGGAUUAUAAUUUAUUAAAUGUGACUUCUCCAACUUUUAUUUUCCAUUCAAAAGAUGAUACAAUAGUACCUCCUUUGGAUGUCGAUUGGUUGGCUAAAAAUCUACCUAAUGUUAAGUAUAUCAGGUACAUAAAUAAUACAAUAUUUGGUCAUUUAAGUUUCUCUAUCAGUCCAAAUAGUAUGGAGCUAGUGAGUAUACCAAUUGCAAACAUUUUUAAGGAAAACAAUUUCGACAGUCGAAUAUUAAAACCCAAUAAUACUAUUUAUCCUAACGCCGAUUUAGUCAUUGGUUAUGGUUAUCCAAUAGAAAUUCAUCAGAUUCUUACCAAAGACAAUUAUGUAGUAGGUUUGGAACGUAUUCCUCAUGGAAAAAAUAGCAAUAGAACAAUUGGAAAAGCUAUAAUUCUAUUACAUGGUUUAUUUGGGAGUUCAAUACAGUUUACGCUAGUUAAUAAUUCACUAAGUUUUAUGUUGGCGGAUGCGGGUUUUGAUGUUUGGAUGCUGAAUUAUAGAUUAACAGGUAUAUCUAAGCACCUAAAACAUCCUAAGACUGGAAAAAUAAUGAAAUUGGCCAGUGCGUCUUGGAAUUUUGAUUUUGACGAUUUGGCUUUAAACGAUAUGAUCCAAAGCAUUGACUACGUUCUGGAAAAAACUGGGUAUAAUAAGAUUGACUUAGGAGGAUAUUCUUUAGGAGGAACAUUAGCUUUAAUUGGAUUAUCAGAAAGACCAGAGUAUAACAAAAAAGUUGAUCGAUUAUUAUUAAUGGCGCCUGCGACCAGAAUGAAGAACUUACAUCCAAGAUUCGCCCCAGCAAAAAAAAUGCCACCAUUUAUUUUGAAUUCAGUGGCCAAAUUAAAUUACUUACCAAGAGUUAGUAAUCCGGAUGAACAAAUCGGAGGUAUAAUUUGUAAUUAUAAAUUAAUCAAAAAGCUAUGUUUAGCUAUGUAUUAUCAUAUUGAAACCUCAAAAUCUCCAACAAUUAAAGAAUCUCCUAUCAUUUUAAAAGUGUUUCCUCAACCUUCGUCAAUGAAAUUAGUAAAGCAUUUUUUUCAGCUUGCAUUUAAUGACGAAUUCUUUAAAUUUGAUUACGGUAAAGUUGAAAACUUCAAACAUUACAACUCAUCUAAGCCACCAGUUUACAACAUAUCUAAAGUUGAAGUACCAACAAUCAUUGUUCAUUCCAAAUAUGAUGCAGUAUCAACACCAAAGGAUAAUCAAUGGCUAGCCAAACAACUUCCUAAUGUUAUUGACGUUCACUUUAUCACAGAAGUAUUUACCCAUCAGUCAUAUACAUUGAGUCCCUAUGCAAAAGAUGUUAACUUAUACAUAGUAAAUAUGUUGUUAAAGAAUAAUUAGUUUGAAAUUAUAACUAUGGAAAGUAUUUUAUAUUAGGAAUAUUUUAUUUUUAAAUAUUAAAGAGACUAUUUUGGUAAUAUUUUUUUUAAUACAAGUUGCCAAUUUUUCUUAGUAUAAUAUUUAUAGUGUAAAUAAACAUUUUGUUAAAAUAAACUUACUUUUGAAUUUUUCGAAUA